AUGGAGCUAAUCACCACUGAGGGAGGAUAUUUUCUAGUUAAGUUUGCAUCCCUGGAGGACUAUGAAUUUGCAAAGUACGGAGGACCCUGGAUGGUCCUAGAUCAUUACCUAAUCAUAAAGGAGUGGGUUCCAAACUUUGAUCCUCUCACUGACAAGACGGAGACAGUAAUAGUGUGGGUGCGCUUCUCCUGCCUAUCGAUGGAGUACUAUGACUACAAUUUUCUCAUGAGGGUGGGAGGCAAGAUUGGUAGGCUGAUUAACAUUGAUAUGGCGACGAGUUUGGUCGCUCGGGCAAUGUUUGCGAGAAUCUGUGUUGAGGUAGAUAUUACCAAACCACUAUUAUCCAAGUUCACUCUAAAAAGGAAUAAUCAUGAAUAUGUUGAAGAAGAAGAGCAGACGGCGGUGGGAGAUGCAGAUGGUUGGACGCCGACGGAGGAAGGUGUUGGAAGCAACGAUCAGAAUAACGCAAAAGGAAAGAAGGAUCUAAAUAAAGGCAAUGCGCAAAUUAUACCUGAAGUUACGGAGGAUUAUGGCUCUUGGAUGGUGGCCCCUCGAAAAGGAAAAAGAUAUGCGAAAAAUCAGGAACAGAAUAAUCAGACUAGGAAUGGCCAUGGAAAGAAAGAUCUACGUAACGCAGGAAAAGGGAAGGAAAAAAUAGGCUCGGAUUCGGGCUCCAAAUUUGCUCACCUCAUGGAAGAUAAUGCGGGCGAGACAGAAUUGGAGAGUCAAGGACCUGAAAUGGGCUCGAGUGAACAAGGAGUGCAAAAAGCGACCACCAAAGGCCCAAGUCUCAGAGAAACAAAUUGA